CCUAUGUUAAUUACAUAUGGCGGCCCCCUUGUGUCGCUGUACAGUUUGAAACGACGUUGAAAUUUACAUUUGAUUGCAGAUUUUCGUCGCCAACAAGUGUCCAGAAGACUCAGGUCAUAAUCAUGACAGACAGCCCGCCAUCACCAAAGAGGGUGAAAAUUGAAACUGUUGAUCUCAAUGAACUUACCCGUGAAGAAUUGAUCAACAAAGUGAAAGAACAAGAAAAAUAUGUGCGGUAUCUAGAAGAAAGACAGACAAGAAGUCGGAAAGGAGAAGAUGAUGGGGAUGUAAUAGAGCUGGAGGAGAAGAUGAAGCAGCAGCUACGUGAUAACAUGAGGCGGGAGAGUACCCUGGUCCACCGCCUUGCCACUAAGGAACAGGAGCUUCAGGACUACAUUAACCAAAUUGCGGAAAUGAAACAAGCGCAGACCCAAAACUCAGCCCAACUAAGAUCUAUGCUGUUGGACCCCGCAGUAAAUCUCGUGUUCCAGAGAAUGACCAAGGAAAUGGAUGAAUCCCAGGAGAAACUCAAACAAACCCAAAAUGAACUUAGUGCUUGGAAGUUCACACCAGACAGCCAAACUGGUAAGCGGCUGAUGGCUAAGUGUCGAAUGCUCCUUCAGGAGAACGAGGAGCUCGGAAAGGUGAUCAACUCUGGAAAAACAGCUCAGUUGGAAGGAGAAAUUGCCUUACAGAAGUCCCUUGUCCAGGAGAUGACCACCAACCAGUCUGAACUGGAUGACCUGCUGGGUGACCUUGACGAGGAUGUGGAGGGAAUGCAGAGCAUGAUCUAUGUGUUACAACAGCAGCUCAAGGACGCUAAGGAACAGUUGGGACUUGUACAGGAGGAGAAUGCACAGCUACGUCUCACACAAAAUACCACCCCAGUCGCUACAACAAUCGUGCCUCCCACAGACGUUAAACCAAUCGUGAAACAGGAGGCAUCUAGUUUCCCCAACAGUCCAAUCACAGACACUGUACCGCAGAAUACAUGGACAACACACAGUGAUAGUAAGUAUGAACCAUCACAACAGUCACAUGACUGUCACAUGGACAACGUCAAAGAACAACUAGAGACACCUGAUGGUAAUGGUAAUGGUGAAAUACAGGCAAUGGAUACUGACCAAAUCACUUCGUCAGAUUCAUACAAUGUUCAUUCAUUAUACACAACCAGCACAGAGCACAAUCACAACACAGAUCAGAAUGACUUGGUGGAACAGUAUAGAACAACUAAAACAGACGCUCAGCUCCUUGAGAGCACAGACGAUUUAUCACAGGAUGCCUGGAGUCCACGGAAACCAGCACUCGACCAACUGGAAGAGGACAGUGCUUUACGGAAAUCACAUGAGGAGUUAAGUUGUAGCCCUGAUACAACUAGCUUGGACAAGUUAGGGGAGCGGGAGCUAUCAUCAGGGGACUUCUUACACAUACAGAAUGGGGUCAGUAGGACUUGUACCAGUGAUAGUGAGAUUGAACAGGCGUAGAUUUUACCAGUGUGCCAUCAAUCACUGUCACUACUCAUAUACUCAUCCCAAUGUUCAAACACAUUUCAUUUACAAAUAAUGUUUAUAAAGUGAAUAUUUAAAGAAUCAAAAGAGUCCAUCUCUAGAAUAAAACGCUGCACCAUUUUAUGAAUUUGUACCUUAAAAGGUUAUUUUAUGAAAGUUCAUAUAACAUGUUUUAAAAAUAAAGUUCAUUGACGUAAAGUAUUGUAUGUUAAUAAAAAUGGUUAUAUCAUGGUAAGUAAAACAUUGUAUGGUUGAAUUGGUAUCUUAAUUGGCCUGUCUAUGUGAUGGAUUAAUAGGUUUCAAUUUAGAUCCUUUAAAACAAGACUGCUAGAUUUCAACGGGGGGGAAAGGGAAUUUUACGUAAGAAUGUGAGAUGUAAGGGAACUUUGUAAUGUACAGACAUUCAAGAAACAUGGGGCCUUUGAUACAGUGUAAUAGUAGGCACUUGAUCACACAUUGAAUAGAAAAUCAGCUUUGUGCAAUGAAAAUAACUCAAUAUACAUGUAACACUUGAACUGAGUAAAAUGACAUUGCUUUCUAGAAUAAAUGCUGGUUCCAUUACAAAUUAUAUAAAACAAGGUGAAAAUUCUCUUGUGAAUUAAUUAACUUUUAUAGAAAGUCAUAAGCUCUGCAAAUCAAUAUCAGAGAAUAUCGUGAUUUUUUGCCAUGCUUUAUUUUCAAAUGGAAAUCAAAGAUUUAAAAUGGGGUUUUUUUUGUGCUUGCUUAUUUCUGACAGGCAUUGACUGAUGAAAUUGAAGUAUCAAGAUGUCUUUUAACAUUUAAACAGCCAAUUGAAACAUAAGUUGAUCAUCAGUGUUUCCUCUUAUUCUGAAUAGUAUGUCAGUUGAUACAAGUCAGAAUAUUGGUUUAAGAAUAGACUUUUCUUUUUGUUAUCAAUAAUUCAUGUAUAUUUCACAUAGUGUUCUUGUUAUAAUUUAAAUGAUCAGCAUGAUAAAAUGUGAUUUGUUUUACACUUGUGUUAAUUCGUAAUUUCCUGAUUCCACUACAGUGUGGGUGAGUGUCAUAGUAAAUGUUAGCUUGCAGUCAUACCCUUUGAUACAUUUUCUUCGGACUUUUAAUGAAAUCACAAGAUAUAUUGAUAAUGAAAUGAUAUUGUCACCUGAAGGGUUGUUCGAAUUAUCAAAUUUCAAAUGUUGUGAUAUGAAUUUCUGACUUCAAAUGUACAGCAUUAUGAUGUAUGUGCGAUUGAAAUUGAACAAAUACUGUGUUCAGUAGAGACUAGGAAAAUGUGAAGUUUCCCUAGGCCUGGUUCAGAGGCUGAAAUCAUUUAAAGAAAAGAAAGAAAAGUGGUUCUGUAGAAAGAGCAUAUCAUAGGUCUGUUUUAGCACAAUAUCUGACAGCAGGCCUAGGUUAGAUUAAAAAACAAAAAUAUCAAAUUGUUGACAAUCAGUUUUACUGCUUUCACAUUGUUACAGGAAAGGGUUGAAAGCAUGUUGGUGAUCAGUCCAUUCUAAAUCAAAGGAUUUAAUCUGGUAUAGUGGAAACAUUGAACAGCAUAUGUUUUAAUUUCGUUCGAAUUUUUCCUGGACUAUACGACGAAGAUGUUUUUAUGGGCAGACUUGUUAAGGGUGGUAAAAGUUUCCUUAUGUGUUUGCCGUGUUAUGGGUUUAGUAAACAACACUGUUGAUUGGCACACAAGUCAUUACACAAAAACAGGUUUCAGUUUCCUUGUAGACAAGGAAUAUUGUGUCAACAACCACCUUUGGAUUCUGGCCUGAAAGGUCAGAUAUCAUCAAAGUUAUUUAUGUGUUUACUAGGCUAUAAUUGUUAAAACAAAUUAUGAUGUCAUAUUUUUACCUGGUAUUUUUUUAAGUUAGAUAGCUGACAUUGGCUUAUCAACAUUAGCAAGCGCUGCUGUUUUCUAAUCAAUAUUCACAUUACAAGAACAUGAUGUUUUGUAUGUCUUAUUUCAUGGAAUGAAUGGUUUAUCAUGCAGAUGUUGUUUGUGUUCAGGUCUAUGUGAAUAAACGAGGCAGCAAAUGAGAACUUAC